AAACCCUCCCUCUUCACAAACCCCUCACCUUCUCCAUUUCCAUCAAUAUUUAUGUUGGUUAUUGAAUCCGAUCAUAUAUCAUGAGCAAUAUUCCGAGAUCGUUAACCGACUCCGCCCUAACCUUGUUCAAUCUCACCAUCUCCGCUUCCGAUCCGUGGCCAUUUUCUUUCCUCUUCUUAUAGCCCUAAUUCAACAGCUUCAAGUUUUCCCAGUGUUGUCUUGCUCUCUAGGGGUUUCCUGGUUUUUCGGGGUUUUCGAGUUUUUGAUAUUCUUGGAUUCGAAAAUAUGGGGUUUAUCGCCGCCGACAGGGACAGCAAGCACCACCACAACCACCUGAACUUCCACCUCCACCUCCACUUUCCCCACCUUCUCCAUCACCACCACGACAAGAACAGCAAGGAGCUGAAAGACAUCCCGAGAGGGUGUAUGGCAGUGAUGGUUGGCCAGGGGGAGGAUCAGCAGAGGUUUGUGAUUCCAGUGAUCUACAUCAACCACCCUCUCUUCAUGCAGCUGCUGGAGGAGGCCGAGAAAGAGUACGGAUUCGAUCACAAAGGUCCGAUCACUAUUCCUUGCCACGUGGAGGAGUUUCGCACUGUUCAAGGCAUGGUGGACAGGGAGACUUUGUUCCACAGUCAUCAUCACCCCCAGAACAACCAUGCCUGGUGUUUUAGGGUUUGAUUAAUUGUUGAUUAGGAAGAUUAUUAUGUGAAUAUAGGUAUCUUAAUUUCGGUUUAUUGAUUGUUUGCGAGGCCUUGGAUUCUUUGGGACCUCAUAAUAUUAUUAAUUAGUUAUAUAUAAUUUUUGUUCUUGA